AUGUUUAUAUUAUACAUUUUCAUCGAAAAUGGCUGACAUUGGUAUGCCCAGUCGACACGAAAAAAGUUUGGGAUUAUUAACUACAAAAUUUGUUUCUUUACUUCAAGAAGCCAAAGAUGGAGUUUUGGACCUUAAAGUGGCCGCAGACACUCUUGCUGUUCGUCAGAAAAGGAGAAUUUAUGAUAUAACAAAUGUUUUGGAAGGCAUUGGUUUGAUUGAGAAAAAAUCAAAAAACAGUAUACAAUGGAAAGGUGCUGGACCAGGUUGCAAUACCAGAGAAAUAUCAGACAGGCUCGUUGUUUUAAAGAAAGAGUUAGAAUUCCUGGAUCAAAAAGAAAAAGAACUGGAGCUACAUGAACAAUGGAUAAUGCAGAGCAUUUGCAAUAUACGGGAUGAACCGGAAAAUGCAGAUCUUUCAUAUGUAUUGUAUGAAGAUAUCUGUAAUGCUUUUGAUGGUGAUACAAUGAUUGCUGUUGAAGCACCUAUUGGUACUCAGUUGUCUGUAAAUGCAAUGGAACAGGAUGAACUUGAUUCCCGAAAUAAGUUUGAGCUUCAUAUGUCUUCUUCUACUGGACCUAUAAAUGUACUUCUGCUAAAUAAAGAUUCUGCACAGCCUAUUCCAAAGGAGCCUCCAGCUGCUGAACCAAUGGUACAACUCCCUCCUGUUCCAAUACUGGAAAUUCCUAAACCAGAGACUCCCCCAAAAGUUGUUCCACCUCCCAUUGUGGAAAUGAAAAAAGAAGAACCACCAGUUGCUAAGCCUAUUGUAAGCCCUGCUAGAACUUCCAGUAGACAAACAAGACAGGCAUCCAUUGGGGUGAAACGGACCAUUGCUGCAGUCAUGAGUGGCAGUCGAUCUUUACAGAAAAGGAGAGAACUUGAGGCAGCAGAAGAAAGUGCAGCAGCGGCGGCAGCAUCAGGUCGAAUGGCAACGCGGCAAUCUCCCAGGAAAGGUCCUCCUCAACCUUUAACUGUGCUUUCACCUGUAACAAGGAAAAAAGGUGCAGCAAAAUCAGACUCUGUUGAUUCAUCACAAAAUGCAGCACUUCCAUCUACUUCAAAUAAUGAUGCAAACGAUGCAGACAAUUUGCUUGAUAUUUCCAGGGAUCUACUAUUUAACCCUUCUGCAGAUGAUAAACUGAAUGAGCAGUUUCUGGAUGAUCUUAUUUCAAAAGAGACUUUCUCACCACUUCUGAGGUUAAGUCCACCUCCAGGUGCAAGAGAUUACUUUUUUAAUCUGGAUGAAACAGAAGGAAUGUAUGAUCUCUUUGACAUACCUCUCAUUGCAUAAGCAUACAGUGCGUUAUGUAUAUUGUACAGUUGUACAGGCUCCUAAAGAUGUAAAUAUUGGAAAGAAGAAAUUAUACUUCUGCAAUAAGAAUUUUAUAAAAAAAUAUUGUGCAUAUCUAUUUAUUUCAUACCAGCAUCUUUUUUUUUUUUUUCUCCUUUUUUAGCAAGUUUCUGGAAGUGGAAUUGAUUUUUAUUUUAUUUUUACCGGGAGGUUUUUGAAAUUUGCUCUAUUGUGAAAUUGAUCGGAAAUUAUUUAUGUACAGAGUACAUAUUUUUUUUUUUAAUGAAACAUGAUAUUUCAUGUGAUAGUUAAUUAUUAAAUAAAAUUAUUAUACAUUCAAUGAUAUUAUUUCUCAAUUUUAUUUAGAAAUCAAAGAAUUAUUCUUGUUGCAAAAGUUACUGUGGUACUUCUUUUCCGUUUUUUGAAAAUGCAUAUAUGAGGCUUGCAUUGUGAAAGUAUUUAACAAAAUUUUUUCUUUUAUGUAUACAGUGUAAAACUAUACAACUGACAAGCCUUUGAUGUUGUUGUUAUUAUAUGCUAGUUAGUUUUAUUUUAUUUGUUAGCAUUAAAAGAACUUGUUUUAUAGUAUGCUAAUAAUAUGAAAUAACAGUUAAAAUCAUUUUUAACAAUAUAACUUUAUAAGUGGAAUAUAUUAUAACUUUUUCUAAAAGGAUGUGGGAAUACAUCUGUACUUAAUUUUUCUUUUAUCAGUUUGAUGGAUGUCUUAAGUGUACUUUUUUUUUUCCCCAAGUAAUAAAUUUUAGAUACAGAAUUAAUAACUUUAAUUUUCAAGUUGACACACAGAGAUAUAUUAUUCUCUUAAUCUUGUAUAUUUGAACAAUGUCUUUGUUUUAAAUUUAUUUUCUGCUAUUAUGUGUCAUUUUUUCUUUAAUUUGUUACUAAUCAUUAUUUUCAACUAUCUUCCAACUUCAUUACAGUGCAGAAACAGUUGAAAAUAUUAAUGAAUUUGUGUACCUUAAAAUUGAUAAUUUUAAUUCUUUGUUAUAUUCAUCAUAUCAGUUUUUCUCCCCCCCCAAUUUAAAUGUCAUUUAAAUAAGUUUCAGUUCCUUAUUUUUUCAAAUAACUUUCAUGGGGCUCCCCCCCCCCAAUUUCUCAUAAUUGAUUGCAAUAUCUCCUAAAAUGUUAGUCUUUAAAGAUAAAUAAAAGUUAUGAAAUGAUCUAUUUCAUGUGCAUGGUGUUGUUUUCAUUGUAAAUAGAUUGAUUAAAUGUUAAUCUUUGUACACUUACAGACAUUGCAUCUGCUUAAUGAAGCAUUUACUUAUUUUCUUAACAACCAACCACUUGUACAAAUUCAAAUGAUCCAGUUAAUAAUCUGUUGCAAGCUAGUCUGAUUCAUAGUUGUAAGUUAUCUAAAAACUGCAUCUCUGUAUGCAAUUAAUGUUGAUUUUCGUGUAAGAAAAAAAAAAUUUAUUGCAUUUAAGCAUCAGUCUCUUCUCAACUAUUUUGAAUGCAUGAGUUGCUGUGAGGAGGGAAAAAAAUCGUUCAUUAUGUUUUGUUGCAAAGAAAUUCUUUUAAAAUCCGGUAUUUUUGAUAAAGAAACAAAAUGGAAUUAUUUUCAUGCAUCAUUUGAAUUUUAUUUCAUUCAUUAUGUAUUAUAUGUUAAUAUUGUUUUUAUAUGCAUCAAAAUGUAUAAUUUUGUGUUACUUUAAAGUUUAUAGUGUUUUUAUUGAGAUGUUUAUUAUUUUGAGUUUAGAAUGACUCAUUCAUAUCGUUAAUAAAGUAUCUGUUCCUAUGA